AUGAAUGCAGCAUUGACUGAUAGUGGAAUUUACACAUGUCGUGCCACUAACAAUAUAGGAGAACCGGCUCAGAAUACCAAAGAUGAACAAAAGAUAGAAUUAACAGUGUACGGAUCCCCUGUGAUACUAAAUCAAAAAGUAGAAGAAUGCAGUGUUGGAGGAAAGGUCCUAAUUGAAUGGAAACCUAGCAGUCAAACAGUUGGCGUCGUCCAUAGAAUUUCAGCAACUCGCGAAGGUAACACUGUAGCUGAUUACACGCGAACCAUAACAGCACAAAUACACGAAAGUACAACAAUUGAGAAGCUUUCUGCUGACACUAACUAUGCAAUCAAGAUAACCGUGUGUCCAGAUGAGUGCAUAAUCAGCCUUUAUGCACAAACAGUAAUCCAAACAAGAAUGGGUUUGCCGAAUCCAGUUACCGACGCUCGGGUUAUAAAAAUAUCAGAAAGUGAAUGUAAUCUGACCUGGGCAUGGCUGGAGUCAAAGUUAAAAACGGACGCAACAUUUGAGAUAAUCGAGAAUGCAACGCUUGUUUAUCUGUCUUCAAACGUACACCAACAUACAUUCACCGAGAAACAUUUAUACGAAGGCAAAUCAUUAGAUUCGUUUCGUGUUCGAAUUGAAACUAAGCCGAAUCGCAAUUACACUUUCUAUAUUAAUGCAAAGACUUGCAUUGGAAGAAGCAAUAGAAUAACAGCAAUUGGAGAAUGCCUUACAAAUGUGGCAGCACCAGAAAACGUUCCUGUACCAACAGCAGUCUGGUCAGAAGUAAGAAAGGCCACACAGUUGAUAGACAUCACCAUUCCAGAUGAAACAAGAGGACCAAUAAGUUGUAUAUUCAUAAUCGUGAAAUCCGGUGGGAGAAUUUUAGAUGAAAUUACAACAGAAAAGUUGACUCGGUUAUCAGAAAACGCAUUGGUCGGAAAAUCAGAAGAAAAUGAAUAUCUCGCAUUUGCAGUGCAACGGUCAAAAAUAAAAGGUACUAAGAUGCAAAUAUCUCUUGGAGACGACACCAACAGUUUCUGCAAUCUAUCAACUAGUAUGUCAACUAAUUUAACUAGGGUCAAACGUGCAGUAACAGGAUACAUAUCUGGAAGGAACUUGCCGCUCGAAAUAGGUUCUACAUACACCUACUACGCAGUUACUUCAACUUACUCAGUGACUUCGGAUAAAGUAUUUUUACAACGCAGUUCUUCUGCGGUAUUCAUCCUGAAGAAAACUAAAGAUUCUGAAGGUUAUCUCAACGUGCAUUACAAGUAUGAAAACGUAGAUUCAAUUCUCACCAACAAUGCUUAUGAAGAAAUAUCAGUUUAA